UUCGGGUCUGGACCCUUCUUAAGAAAAAUGUUUUACUGUAUCUGCCUUCCCUUCUUGUGACAUGGUCCCUGGAAUGCAAGUCUGCCAGACUAGGCCAAGCUAUGUUCUGGAGAUCUACCUGUUUAAACGCUGACAUGAUCCCAGCUGAAGGAAGACAAAAGUGAGAUGGGCUACCACUUGAGCCGCCACCAGCCGCGGCGUGAGCCGAGACCCUCGCACCUGAAGCAGCACCGAGGGCCGUACCUCAGCGGGACGUGGAGCUUUGCGGACGCGGCCUGCUGUCGCGUCAACAUUAACACGGCCACCGAGGAGGAGCUGAUGACGCUGCAGGGCAUCGGCAGGACUCUGGCGCACAACAUCGUGGUUCACCGGCACAAGAUCGGCGGCUUCCGCAAAGUCGAGGACGUGGCUUUAGCGCCGGGAGUAGGGGCUGCGAGGCUGCAACAGAUCCGGCCCGAGAUCUGUGUGAGCAGCCGGGGCUCCCCUCAGUCCGUGGGGAAUUUGUCGAGUUUCGAUCUGCUGUCCUCCACCCGGCUGAACGUCAAUGUCGCCUCGGAGAAGCAGCUCGCGGCAUCGCUGGGGAUCGCGCCAGAUCUCGCCCAGAGUCUUGUCCAACACCGCACCUUGCACGGACCUUUCCAACGUGUCGAGGAUUUGCUUCAGGUGGACGGGGUUGAUGUGCCUUUGCUGAGCGCGAUCAGAUCGAAACUCAGCGUCUCCCUUCCCAGACCGGUCUCCGCCUCCUCAUGCACCCGGUUGGUGAACAGACCCGAUCAAAUGUCCUCUUACUACAGCUUGCAGGACCUCAACUUGAACCAUGGUGUUUGUGGUCGCUUCACUUCAGCUGGGAGCCCAGCUGAGGCCUUCAGUGGGAUUUUUGACAGGAGGAAGGUAAUCCGUAUCGGCACUUGGAACCUACAGAGCCUCACGUUGGACAAGGUCAACAAUCCAGGAGUGAGGGAGGUCAUCUGCUUGACUCUGCUUGAGAAUGGGAUUAAGUUAUUGGCGGUACAGGAGAUACUGCAUGAAGAUGCUUUGGAAAAGAUAUGCCUGGAGCUUGAGAAACCGACUAUUGCUACAGUGCAAGAAUGGAAAGGAGACCGUGGCAAGUGGAAAUAUGUUGCAUUAAAUACCUCACUAGGACAGGAAAAACGGAAUGUUGAACAGGUGGCCUUCCUUUGGGACACUACCUCAGGCCUUGAGCUGGACCGGGCCAUCAGCCUAGAGAAGCUGCUGGAACAGUAUAACAGACAUCAGCCAUACAGCCAACCUUUGCUAGGCUUCUUUAAGGUAGGAACGCUUUUGCUCAACAUCAUCAACGUUCAUCUUAAGUCCAAAUCGGAUCCUGAAGUCGUCACAGGCGUCCCACAAAAAACCCUGCCAAUGGACACGCUCCAAGCACAUCUCGCAGACCAGAAGCAGCUCAUCAUUCUGGGGCACUUUGGUUUGCAGCCCGAUGCCAUUGAGUUCAAUAUACUGAGAGAGAACCACUUCCAACACUGCGUCCCCAGUGACGUAUUCACGAACGUCAGCAGCAAUGACCAGGACAGAGAUGUCACCCAGGGCAACAUCUGGUGGAACCAGGAAGUUGCAAAUGCUUACACAGGGAGAUGGGGGGUAAUUCGACAGGGCCUCAGCAGCCCCUGGAUUCCAGAUGGUUGGAAAUGGGGAGGAGUCAUUUCCCAGCAUUGCCCAGUUUGGAUGGAGAUCUUCACUGACGAGAAAUAAACCAGGAAAAUCAAUUUACACUGAAACAGCCAUCAAGAAUGACAGAGAAAAUGGGCUGGCAGGAUGAUUUCAAGUAGCUUGUUUGUUUGGUUUUCCAAUUCAAUGACUCUUGGGCAAGGUUUUUCAUUGACCUGUAGAAUCUUCUAAUUCAGUUACCAGCAGACAAUCUUGAUUUCCUGUAAAUCCCGAUCACCUCGCAGACUACAGGGUGCCUACAGCAGUCGCGUGGCAUGGAAAACAUUGAUUUUGACGACUGUUUGGUCAUCGGUUAAAAUCUUGUUGGUCAGCAAUUGGGAAAACCUCUGUAGAGCUUCAGUGGAUUCAGACUUGGAUUUUACUUGUUGCCUUUGGGCCUCUGGGCAGCAGAGUGUCUCAGAAACCCUCCGAUACCAAUCUAUUGGAAACAGGAAGGCUUCACAACAUUGGUUCGUCUUACCUCUGAGAUCAUCAUAAUGACUGACAUUAAUGGAUGCCAAUAGACUUUUGGAUUGAGGUCCACAUUCCACAAGGUGCACCUUCCAGGUUAGUUUGAUCCUGUCAUCCAUUUCUAUAUUUUUUUUAUUUUGAAAAUGCCUUCAUUUGCUCAUCAAAACUGACGCCAGUGUUAUAGCUGGGGUGCAUUCUGUGCUGUUGCCACUCUUGUGCUUCCUGCAAGUGGUGUCGAGCACCACCCUUCAGGGGUCUUCAUUGUUCCUGAAGAGUUUGUUCCAUUUUUCUCCAUGCAGAUGCUGUGCAUUUACUCAUUUUCUGCUUUUUUUUUCAGAUUUCUAGCAUCUGCUACAGUUUGCUCUCUUUUUGUGUUUGACAGAGUCUUCAGGUUUCUCUUCCACCCUGCUCAAUAGAAAGUCCACUUGUAAUUCUUCAGAUUUUUUGUAUAAUUGGAAACAUUUUCUCCCCCGCCGGCUUCUUAUUAAAAGCACUGGGCAUGCCGUGUUACAGUGUCACAGACAUUGGCAGCUCUCUCGUUCCAGCUUGAAAUGGUCAUUCUCUAACAGCAAGCCCGACUAUGAAGGAUGAAGGGCAUUUUGGAACCAUAAAGGUAUCAUAUUAUACCUUCCCAGCUUGUUUCUCAGCAGAGACUGUUACAAAAUGAAGAAAAUCAGGAAACUGUCUAAUUAAUGCAACUUUCCAACAAAUCUUUUGAAACAAUACAGUUAGCAUUCCACUUUCCCGCAGACAAAACUAAACUGUUGCUCUGUCUAACCACAGAUGAAAAGUCUUUUCCCAGUACUGACUUAAUGUAACUUAUUUGUACCUGGCACACUUUUUUAUUCAGUCAUUCAAAGCUGUGCACUUUGUUUGUAGAUAUGUUUGCUGUUUGACAGUUUGUUUGCACUUUUAGUGACUAUUGCCAUUACUUUUGCUUGUACUAGAAUUAAUACCAUCAUGAUGUUUAAUGGGUGCUUCCCAAAUUAUAGUGUUCUGAUUGUUCUUCAAAUCCACUCUCCAUCGAGAUGAUUGUAUGCCAUUCUCGUGUGUAACUCUUGUGUGAAUCACUGAGCACUUUGUUACUGACGUAUCGUGUGUAUUUCCUCUCCCUCAAGUUCAUAGGAUCCCUGGUGUGGAAGCAGGCCAUUCAGCCCAUCGAGUCCGCACUGACCCUCCGAGGAGCAGCCCUCCCAGACCCAUACCCCCUACUUUAACCCUGCAUUUUCCAUGUUAAUCCACCUAGCCUGCACAUCCCUGGACUAUGGGAGUAAACUGGAGGAAAACAAAAGCAUACCCAGAGAGAACGUGCAAAAUCCCCAUAGGCAGUCAUCCGAGAGUGCAGUCAAACCUGCGUCCCUAGCAAUGUGAGGCAGCGGUGUUAAUCGCUGUGCCACCAUGCUGCCCAAGUUCUCAGACCAUCUUGCAGACAAGUUACGUUUCACAAGUAGAACACCACAGCUAAAACAAAAAUCGCAGCAGAACUUUUACUACUUUAAAAUAGGAAUUUCAAAUGAAAAAAAAUGCACAGACCUCAAGUAAAUAAAGCCCCAUCUCUUCUCCAGAUAUAGGUCUGAACUGAAACCACUGAAGCAUAUCCACUUAUUUUAGCAGUGUGGUAUUCCUCACAGCUAUCCUUGCCGCCCCUCUGAGGAUGGCUAACAGGUUACGGGCAACAUAGUAGCAUUGACUGAUGUUCGUUAAUGGGGUGGGCACUAAACCCAUUUUAAUGGAAGGAAACCUUCAGCCUAUCGACCUGGGCAGGAUUCGAAUCCAGGUCAGUGAGGGGGGAAAAGGGCACCCUGCUGUUUCACUGAAGUAGAGUGCCAGA